CAAGACCUGCUCUGGGCUUUAAAGUUUAUAAGUGGGGCUCCUCCCAGGACAGAAACAGGAGAGGAGUCGAGAGGUGGAAAGCUGAUCAGAAAAUGGCAAAAGCAAGUUCUGGAGUGAGGGUUUUCCAAGGCCUGCUCAUUUUUGGAAAUGUGGUCAUCAUGUUGUGUGGCAUUGCAUUGAUGGCUGAAUGCAUUUUCCAUGUUUCGGAUCGGUAUGGCCUCUGGCCUUUACUUUCAGCUGCUCACAAUGAUGAUAUUUUUGCUGCAGCUUGGAUUGGACUUUUUGUUGGCUUCUGCCUGUUUGUGCUGAGCGUGGUUGGUAUAUUUGGAAUCAUGAAAUCGGCCAAGAAAAUGAUCUUAGCAUACAUUAUUUUGAUGCUAAUUGUCUACAUCUUUGAAGUUGCUUCAUGUAUCACAGCUGCAACACACAGGGACUAUUUGGUUCCCAACUUCUUCCUCAAGCAAAUGCUCCAGUUGUACGAUAACCGAAACUGGCAGAAUGAAGAUCAAUUCAAAAACUAUGUAGGCCUCACCAAAACUUGGAAUCGUAUCAUGACCGAUAAUAAUUGCUGUGGAGUAAAUGGGCCACAGGAUUGGAUUCAGUUCAACUCUUCAUUCAGAUCAACCCACCUUGAUUCUGACUUCCCCUGGCCUCGUGAAUGUUGUGUAACCAACUCAUUUAACCAGAUCCAAGAAUUGAAUGCUUGCAAACUUGGUGUCCGUGGCUAUAUUUAUGAUCAGGGAUGCUUUGAAUUUAUUUCUGGUCCUCUGAAUAGACAUGCUUGGGGUGUGGCUUGGUUUGGAUUUGCUAUCCUCUGUUGGACUUUCUUCGUCCUUGCUGGAACAAUGUACUACUAUGCUAUUCUGGAUAAUUAAAGAUUAGCAUUGGACUUCAAAUAUGGACUUGAAAUCAAAUGUGUUUGCAACCCUAUCAGUCAUGUGGCAAUACUGAGGACUCUUGAACUGAAUCUAUGAAGUAUUGGGAGUUGUAAUCUGUUCUUUUUGUAUUCAAUUGAUUGUCUCUUAUGCCUCAAUUUGUUGCCCUGACAAAGACCUUUUGAAAUAGCUGUAGUUUCUGCCUUUCUUUAAAGUCUUGUAAGUUUGUUAAACAGAGAAAUUGGACCAUGGUUCAGAAAAAUGCAGUCCCCUUGUGUCUGAAAUUAAACCCAGCAACAUUUUUUUUAUGUUGCUAUGAAACUAUAAACUGGUGGGAAUUGGGUUUGAUUCACCUCCCUGUAACUUGUCAGCUGUUGAUGGGAAGAAAAGACAUUUGAACCAGUUUUGAAAAUGACUUCACAUUUGUCUGAGUUGGUGAGUUAGCCCUUACAGAUUGAGGAAUAGUUGAGCUGUGUUCAAUUCUUAAAUGAUGGUUCAUCUGCUCUGAGCUACACUAGUGAUUAGAAUUCAGUUCUACAUAUGGUAACUUGAGGGCAGAAUAUUACAAAAUUAAACAGUGUUCCCUAAGAGGGGAUUGUUUAGAAAGAAACCCAAUCCCUGAAGGCGUUGUGCAGCAAGAAAGUAUAAGCAUGUUUAAUGGUCUAAUCCUCUCCCUCAUCUAGCCUUUAAAAUUUAAAUCUACAUAUUAAAGUAAUAGAAUUAUCAUCGCUCUUCUUGAACAAUAAAAUGAUCUGUGGCGGAAGUCACUUUUACAGUGGUCUCUUGUGCAAUGGAAGCCAAUAUAACUUGACAUGUAAUUUUAGCUGAUACUUGGUGACAUUGGGGUUGUCAGUAUUGUCUUGUAGGAAACUAAAUGCAAGUACAGCUUACUGGUGGUAAUGUAUUUGGUAUCUUCCACCUCUUUAAACUGAAUAUUAGACAUGUAAUAUAUGAUGUACAUUAUGGGGUUUCUUUUUAUAUCUUGUCCAAUGUAUGAAAGCAUUUAAUUUUUAAGAAUAAAUUAUUAAUCUUCA